AUGCUUGUCAAGUACCUCGCUCCCGCCGUCCUGGCGAUUGGUGCCGCUUCUGCCCAGUCGGCCACUUCUACCUGCACCGUCUCUGGUGGCACCACCACCGUUAACAGCCAGGCCGAUGCUACCGGUCUUGCUAACUGCAAGACUGUCAAGGGUUCCGUCGUUGUUACCAAGGAUGUUGCCGGUGACUUCCAGAUCAGCGGUCCUUUGAUCAUCACUGGCGACCUCAAGAUCGAGGACAACUCCAAGAUCAACAGCAUCGGCUCCGAGACCCUCGAGCAGAUUGGUGGCGAGUUCAAGAUCAGCAAGACCACCCAGCUGAACAGCAUCAGCAUGCCCAAGCUUACCCAGGUCAACAAGCUCACCUGGCAGUCCAUCGGCAACCCUGCCGAGAUGGGUAUCACUCAGCUUAACAAGGUCGACGAGGUCACCAUCUCCGACACCAAGCUCCGCAGCAUUGAUGCCAUCAAUGUCACCAGCAUCUCGAGCAUGAACCUUGACAACAACCAGUUCAUCACCAAGUAUGAGCCCGCUAUCAAGGAGAUCAAGAAGGAGCUCAACAUCCAUGCCAACGGUCUCGACAUGGAGGUCAGCUUCCCCAACCUCAUCUGGGCUCUUAACGUGGCUGUCUCGGAUGUCUCCAAGAUCAGCUUCCCCUCCCUCGAGAUUGUCAACGGCUCUGCCCGCUUCGAUGACAACAAGUUCGAUAGCUUCAGCUUCCCCAACCUCACCUCUACCACCAACGGUGAUAUCUCGUUCGUCGGCAACGAGAACAUGCAGAACCUCACCUUCCCUAAGCUCACCAAGAUUGGCGGUGGUCUUCUCAUUGCCAACAACACCGCUCUUGAGGAGAUCAGUGACUUCCCCCUUCUCGAGACCGUCGUCGGUGCCAUCAAGCUCCGUGGUAACUUCACUGAGGUCAAGUUCCCCAAGCUCCAGAGCGUCCGUGGCGCUUUCGAUCUCGCUUCCACCAACGAUGUCACCGAAUCCUGCAAGACCCUCGAGAAGUUGGCUCCCAGCAAGCAAGGAGGCAACGGUAAGAUCGAGGGUACCUUCGACUGCGAGUCCAACAACGAGGAGGCCAACGAGGAUACUUCCGGCAAGACCGGCUCUGGUCAGGGUACCAAGGGCGGCAGCGGCUCUGACAAGGACUCCGACGACAAGGACAGCGGUGCUGCCGGUCUUUCCGUCAACGUCGGUCUCUUCCUUGCCGCUGCUGGUGUCCUUGCCCAGCUCCUCCUGUAA